AUGAACGCUUCUAAUCAGAAAGCUGGGCAAGACCCGAAGAGAAUUCCUACAACUCAAGAGAUGGAAAGUUGGGACAAUGAGCAAUUGCUCGAAUGGAUCAAGAAUAUACAACCGAAAAUUUUCCGCGAUAACAACGACGUUUUGACAUUCAAAGCGGCAAAAAUUAGUGGCUCCGCCUUCAUGGAGUAUGCUGAAGAUCUAGAUUUUUUCAGAGAAAUUCAUCUGCCCCUCGGAGUCUAUGGUGCUCUUGCAUCCCUUGCAAAAAAAGUUAAGAAACAGAACGAUCAAUCGGACCAGACAGCUGGCCAAAAGAGGAAAGGUAUAGCAGACGCACCUGAGGAGCCGCCCAUUUCGCCGAAAAGAUAUCGUAUCGAAGAAUCAAUGUCGAAUCUCGCCAUCGCAGCUCGCGAACGAAGAAAGCACGUCAAGGACGCCAUUACAGACAUUAAGUGCUCCGCCGACCAACUUUCCAAUUCCGUCGAACCUCUUAAAGUCGUCGACCGACUUUCCGAUCCCGCAUUUGAUCGAGUACUUCCAUUCCCGUUUCUGCUUUCCAUACCAAAUCGAUUCAAAGGGUCGAAAGGACAUUGGCGAUACGUGGGAAGAACGAAGUUUAAACAGCUUGUCAAAACCCUUGACGAAGUCCGAUGCUAUGAUCGUUACAUGAGCGUUUGGCUUUAUGGUACUCAGGGGUAUGGCAAGUCUCAUCUGCUAGCCGCUCUCGUCUGCUAUUUGACUGCCCAAGAUGAACGGGUCGUCUAUAUUCCGGAUUGCCGAUCAUUGCUCGUCGAUCCUAUUGUAUACAUCAAAACUGCAAUGCUGUUCGCCUGGGCAGACGAUGUCAUUAUUCAGAAGGAGAUUCCACCACUAAAUACGACGGACCAGAUUAAGGCCUUCAUCUCCUCCCAAGAGAAUGUUAUAUUUGUCAUCGACCAGAUGAACGCUUUCAAGACUACUGACCCUCAUGAACCAGAGAUACGAAAUCUACAUAACUGGGUAAAAAGUUUCACUUUACGUCACAAAGCUAUCUUCAGCUCCUCUGCAAAUUAUACAGAGUACCUUAAAGCGUUUCAGAAACAGAGCUCGCACCGUGUGCUACGAGUCGAUGGCGGUCUGGAUGACACCGAAAUGCACCAGUGGUGGGAACGACAUAAAGACCUCGAGAUGGAAGAUUGCGAUCCAGAGAAGUUUGAAGAUAUUACCGGCCGCAUCCCAUUGCUCUUAGACAAUUGCGUGGUGACAGGAAAAAUCAAUUUGAAAAGAUCUGAAUUACGCGACAUUCGUAACCAAUCUGUGGGUUUUGUGCAGGAUGUCCGAAGGAUCACUAAGGAAGAUAAUGAUACCUGGAAAUGGUAUUGUGACUACGUAACGGCUUGCUUCCUGAAUGAGACUGUCCCAUCUGGAUCGUCUGGGCAUCUCGACCUAAUCGACCAUCGGUACUUCUAUCACAACGAUGAAGAGACCGGAGGAUACACGUGUGGUCUAGUUCGGGAGGCUGUGGCAGAUCAGCUUCUUGUGGAGAGCCGUAAUUUCCUCAACACUAACUUCCUGGGUUCACUGCGUAACUUUGUCAACAGUCGAUCUAUGAUUAGAUUUAUAAUAGAGUACGCUGUCCUCGCAGUCAUUCAACGCGACGGUUUAUUUAUCUGUGAGAGGAGUAAAGACGGUAUGCGGUUGAAACUCUUUGUGAAUUCGAGCAGCAUCGAUACGGACAUUACGAAUGAAUGGGUCCUUUAUCGCCCCCUAAAUUAUGAUAACAAGGCUAUAGACGGAAUCAUUGUUCGGAUCGAUACCAAGAAGAAGAAGAAGUAUGCUAAGGGGGAGAGGCCGAUACUAUCCCUAUACCCUAUUCAGAUCACGGUCGCUGACUCUCACUCGGAUUCUCAUGCGACAUUCUUAAAGGAAUACCGCCAGUGGAUAAUGGAACAAUCUAAAUUUGAUGUGCGGCUUGAAUUCCUCUGGAUUACGCCACGCCGGCUUAACGGGAAAGAGCACCCGGCUACUUCAACAUGGCCGAAACAUCUCGAGCGCUUUGUUCAUCUAGAAGAUGUCAGUGAGAAGAUCUGGGACAAGUACCAAAUCGUUACAGAAAAUGCCUAA